UCUCACAGUACUUAUAUAUAUUCUUCAUCAGGGACAGUUAUCUCGAAAACGUUCAUGCACUCCUCGACGAAGCUCAGCGUUCUGGCCCUCGUUUUCGCUCUGUGCUAUUUCUACUAUACCUCGGAUAUGCGAAGUGCAAAGGCAGUCCACACCCCAACAUUCAUUAAUGAAACUUGCCUCUCCACACCUCCCUCUCGUUCAUGCGCGUUUUAUUCUACCUGCCUCGAGCCCCAUUUCCAUUGUGGACCGGACGGUUACCCUUUGGGAUACGGAGACCUCUAUUGCAACAAGUUCAGCUCUCCCACUAAUUUGGCGCGAUUCACGGGGAAAGGUCAAUCAUGGAUGUGGGAUACGAUGCAUUGUUUGCAGGUGGCGCUGGUCUCUGAGUUGGAGAAGGCAGUAGUACCUUCUAAACGCGACGAGGCGUGCAAAGAUUUGAGAGCGAAAGCAUUCGCUUCACAUGCGCCGUGCUAUGUAGCAUCGGGGGUCUGUUCUCUUCCCAUUAACGACUGGGAAACAAUUGUCGACAUCGUUGGGGGAAUUACUUUGUUUCGCAGUUGGGAUGCGUUCAAACAAAGUCUUCAAACUGCCGAGGGGUGUGCUGAGCUCUACAGCUGGUUAAGUUAGGAGAAGGAAGCUGUACGUAGUCCGUAGUCAGAUCAUUGGCAGGAGAUAAAGAUAAACAAAAGAUAAGAUAAAGAUUUCUUGUUCGCGUGUGAAAAGAAAAAGAAAAAAGUUGAAGACCUCUUCGUGCAAAUGCCUCGAAGGCCAUCCAAGAAAAUCAGGAAUUUGAAACAAAAACUCCAUUCAGUAAAUCGAAACGAUGCCAGAAUCAGCAAGUGGAACGAUAUCUCAGACAUACCCCUCGAUGAAGAGGAAGAAUUCCAUGCCUCUCGGGACCAAAUCCUGCUCGAUGGAGAGAAUAAUGAAGACGAGAACGUGGAUGAGGAUGAGGUGUUUACAUUGAAAGGCAUGCCGGAUCAUGAUGACGAUGGGGACAGUGAAGACGAGGCCGGAAUUGGAGAUGAGGACAUGGACGUUGAUUUACCCACCCCUCGAAAGUCGUCUGGGAGGAAAAAACAGAAGACAAAGGCUUCUGAAGAAUCAGAGGAGGAAGAGGAAGAAGAGGAAGAAAUUUGGGGAAAAGGGAAGGCAGCAUAUUACGCCUCCAACGACGCUCAGAUAGAAUCCGACGACGAGGAGACCAUUGCUUUAGAAUUACAGGAAGCAAAACGGCUACAGAUAAAGUCACGGGAGAACAUGACUGAUACUGAUUUCGGAUUAGAGGAUGUUCUUGACUUGGAGAAUACGGAGGAGGAGAAUUUUCUUGGGGAAUCUGUUUCCUGUUCUGUGAAAAGUCUUCCUCAAGACAAGAAUUCGAUCAUCAGACACCUCGAAAAAACCGACCCACUAAGUUUGGCUUUAGCCCGCGAUUGGUCUGAUACGGCGAAUAGUCUGCAAACAGCCAAGGCAAGGCUUGAGAGGUUGCAGGCAACAGACCCCCACUCCCUGACCUUGGGCAUGGUUCAACUUCACUAUCAAACUCUUCUAACCUACGGAAGUGCACUCGCGUUCUAUUUACACCUGCGGGCACAAGAAAAGUACGCUCACAAACCGGAGUUGCUUAACGAACACCCAGUCAUGAAACGACUCAUGAUGUUAAAGCAAUCCCUUAUGACACUGGAAGAGCUCGACUUUGCUGGUGAAGGCUCAGACGAGGAUGACGAAAGCGAUUUUGAUCUGGGUGUGAACGACGAAGAACUGAUGGCUGAUGCCCUACAGCUGUGGGAGAGUGAGGAUACGAACAACAAGAACAAGACGAAGACGACCACAGCGGUCACGAAAGAUGUUGAGGUGUCUGUCCCUCCAAAGAAAAAACGCAAGACUCUUCCGGACUCCGCACCCGUGUUCGAUCUGGUUGAACCCAAGUUCGUCCCUUCCUCCAAAACCUCAAGCUCUCGACCUUCAUCCGAAGUAUUCGAUGUCUAUGGUGAAGCUACUUCACUUCAGAGCGCCGACGCCGCCGAUAAGAGUGCACGAAAGAAAUCGCUCCGUUUUCAUACUUCCAAAAUCGACAACACCAGUGCUCGAAGACGAGGAGCAAGAAACAUGGCGUUGGGCGGUGACGACGAUAUACCUUACCGCGAACGUAAACGAGAGAAAGAGGACCGGGUCGCGCAGGGGGUGAAGGCUCGAGUUCAAAACCAGGGUGGUAUGGACUUGGAUAAUACAGAACCUGAACAUAGGGUCCAAGAAGAUGUUGAAGGAGAGGAUGGGUAUUACGAGUUAGUUUCGAAAAAACUGAAAGAAAAGAAGGUCGCAAAGAAAGCUGAAUACGAGGCGGCUCGUGCUGAACGUCUCGUUGACGUUAAGGAAGGAGUAUCAGGGCCACGAUCCCUUACUCGGGCUAUCCUCAGCAACAAGGGACUCACACCUCAUCGCGCAAAGAAUGUUCGCAAUCCUCGUGUCAAGAAACGGCAAAAAUUCGAGCAAGCCAAGAGGAAGGUUGCUUCCCAAAAGGCAGUUUAUAAGGGAGGAAUCAGCAAAACUGGUGGUCGCUAUGAUGGAGAACGAACCGGUAUAUCGAAGGUUGUUAAGAGUGUCCAUUUGGGAUAA